UAAAAAUCUUAAAUGUAUAAGGAUCUUGAUAUCAAUGAAUUGGAGAAGUUAAAAAAAGAGGAAGCUAUGCUUUCUCUUAGAAAAGCCACAACUAAUAUAAAAGUAUUAGCAUUAUUAUAUAUUUGAUUAGGAACGUUUUGGUUAAUCUAAUUAAGACAUUCUAGAAGAAGAGUUUAAGUCAAAAACUAUUGGAUUAGUAACAAGGGAAGAAUUCAAAAGAAAAAGAGAAAAUAUUGACAGAAUUUAUGUUUAAGAUCUUAAAAUUAAAUAAGAAGAAGAAGAGAAAAAGAAGAUGGAGUAAAAAUUAAAGAGAAAAUAAGAAUAUAAAUUGAAAACUAUACUAUUAAGUUUUGAUUCAGAAUAAUAAGAAUUGACUGAAAAGAAAAAUUAUGGAAAAGAUAGUAGUGUAGAUACAUUGUAUCUUCCAGACAUGAAUCGAGAAAAAAAGAUUGAAGAACUUACUAGAAUAUUUAUUGGUAUAUAUAUUAAAUCUUAUUAGGUAUUAGAAGAAUAUUAGAAAAAUAUGGAAUUACAAAAGGAUUAACUUAUAGAUAUUAAAUUUUAAUAUUGGGAUGCAUAAACUUGUACACGAACUUUAAGAAUAAAAAAGAAAACAACAAUUAAAGAAUUUUUAGAAUUGGCAAGAAGAGAGAUUAUAAGAGAUUUUGGAUUUGUAAUAUUUAAACAAUUUAUAAGUUUAGUUGACUGAGUUUAGCCCUGAUGAUUUACUUUUUGUAGCCAAUGCAAUGAUUUUGCCUCACAAAAUAAGUUUUCAUGAUAUAAUUGCUUAUAAAGUUAAGAAUCGAUCUGGAUAACCAAUUUUAUCAUUUGAAUAGAGAAAGGUAAUCAAAAUAUCAUUUAUUUGAUAUGUGUAGGUUUAAGCUAAAGGUAUUGAAUAUGAAAUAGAAGUUGAAAAUUCAACAACAUGUAAGAUUAUUGAAAAAUUCAGAUAUGAAAAAAUCAAACACAUCUAUCCAUGUUCAAAAUGGGAGGUUGUUGAAAUUAAUAAGUACUAAUGA